GGUGCACUGGCCGGCUAUUUUGGUGGUGUACGCCAAACAGAUGACGCUAUGCCAAGAAUCCUUGAGAUAGGAUCCACACCGCCAGAAAUUGAAGAGAUUCAGCUAUCUGAAGAGAUAGUGCACCAGCAUUUGGAGGAUCUGGACGUCCACGAAGCGGUUGGACCGGAUAAGAUUCAUCCAGCUAACAUCAAGCCCAUAGCAGACACCUUCGAAUGA